AUGCUUCCUAUUACUCUAUUGAUAGGAUCAGCUAUUGCUGUAUUGGUACUUUCUCGCAUUCUGAGGAUUGGACGACGACCCAAGAACUACCCCCCAGGACCAUCAACGUUGCCCCUGUUAGGGAACAUUCAUCAAAUGCCUUCCCAAGAUGCCCAUCUUCAAUUUGAGAAAUGGGCCCGCGAAUAUGGCCCCAUCUACAGCUUGAUGUUAGGUACUAAGUGUCUGAUUGUCCUAUCCAGUGAUGAGACAGUGAAGGAGCUUCUGGACAAGCGGAGUGGUAUAUACUCACAUCGCCCGGAGUUGUACAUUGGGCAAACUUUGUGCAGCGGUAAUUUAAGAAUGCUAAUGAUGGGUUACGGUCCAACAUGGCGCGGAUUUCGCAAAAUGGUACAUGGUCUGCUCAACGUCACUACUUCGAAGAAAUACAUACCUUACCAGAUGUUGGAGAACCGACAGCUACUCUACGAGUUCCUCACGCAACCAAAAGGCUUUUUGAAGCACAUUCGACGAUACUCGAAUGCUCUCACAACCACAAUGGUUUUCGGAUGGCGUACUCCAACCUACGAAGACGAGAAGAUGAUGCAGUUAUUCGACGGAUUCUCAGAAUUUGCAGAUAUCAACCAGACCGGAACAGCUGCCAUAAUUGACUUCUACCCAUGGCUACGAAAUCUGCCCGACUUUCUACUCCCAGCACAGGAAAAGGCGAAGGAACUCCACAAACACGAGAAAGAAUUAUAUCUAGGCCAUUGGCUGCGUGCGAAGGAAGAAACCCACCAGAAGAAAAUCAACCCCUGCUUCUGCGCCGGAAUGUACUCAGCCCAGAAAGAAGACGGAUUCAGCGAUGACCAAGCCGCAUACAUCUCCGGAACUCUCCUAGAAGCCGGCUCAGACACAACAUCGAGCACGCUGUACGCCUUCAUCCAAGCGAUGCUGCUAUUCCCAACCGUCCAGCGCAAAGCCCAAGAAGAAAUUGAAAGAGUCGUAGGCCCAUUCCGCCUUCCAGUCAUGGACGAUCUAUCCGAGCUACAAUACGUGCGGGCUUGCAUGAAGGAAACCCUCCGCUGGAUGCCAACGACCAUUCUCGGCGCUGUCCCGCACGCCGUCACCCAAGACGACGAGUACAACGGGUAUUUCAUACCCAAGGGCGCGGGCGUGCUGAAUAACGUGUGGGCAAUCCACAUGGAUCCCAAGCGCCAUCCCAGUCCUCGCACAUUCAACCCAGACCGAUACGCAGAUGACCGCCAGAGUUUCGGGGAUGCCGCGGCCAACCCGGACCCGUCGAAGCGGGAUGUGUUUACGUUCGGCGCGGGCCGCCGUAUCUGUCCCGGGAUCCAUGUUGCCGAGCGCAGCUUGUUUCUGGGCAUGGCGCGGAUUUUGUGGGCUUUUGAGAUUUCGCCGGAGAUCGAUGGGGAUGGGAUGGAGAUUUUGCCGGAUCCUGAUCGGUUGACGCAGGGUUUUGUGUGUAUGCCUGAAGAGUUUCCGGCGAGGAUUGUGCCCAGGUCGAGGGAGAGGGCGGAUUUGGUUGUGAGGGAAUGGAGGGAUGCCGAGAGGGAUUGUUUGGAUCCAGAAACCAGACAGUGGGUGCAAUCGCCUGUCGGGGUUUGA